AGAACAAGGCUCUGUGCGAUUGUUAUUUAACUGAACAGUUUGUCUUUGUUUAAUUUUUCAUUUUUUCAUCUCGAUUUCGAUCUUCACAUCACUUAUCCCUAAAAUUUAUUUGCUCGUCUCAAUUUCUUUCAGUCAUUCAGUCAUUCAGUCAUUCAGUCAUUCAGUCAUUCAAUCAUUCAAUCAGUCAAUAUAUAAUUUUUGAUUUCAUACCACAAACGAUUAAUAAUACUUCACCAUGCAUUUCAGCAAAAUUACAUUCAUUCUCGGUGCUCUUCCCUUCACCUUCGCUGCAUACGGUGCGGCUGAUGCUAGCUCAUCCUCCACUGCCGUCACUCCCUCCAUCACCACCAGCACAUCUCCUUCCGACCCGACCCAUACCAUCCUCGUCGGCGCUGGUGGUGAACUCACUUUUUCCCCUAAUGAAACUAAAGCCGAUGUAAACACAACUCUCGAAUUCCACUUCUAUCCCAGAACUCACUCGGUCGCUCAAGCUGCCUUCGCAUCACCAUGUAAUGGCUCCGGCUUCUUCUCUGGACCAAUCGCAACGACUAGCGAGGAAGGCAACCUGACGGUUUUCAGUGUUCUUGUUAACGAUACAAAGCCAAUCUGGUUCUAUUGCGGAUUUCCGGGACACUGUGAGGGUGGAAUGGUUGGUGCUGUUAAUGUACCGUAAGUUCUUUUUUUUUCGCUUCUCUCCCUCUUAUCUUUCCUUACGCAUACCAUCCGCAUAUCCUUACUAACAUUAACAUAAAAUCAGAUCCGAUAAUACCAAAACCCUAGAAAUGUUCUCAGACGCAGCAAAGAAACUCGCGAAAAAUGCUACUGAGAACCCGCAGGGAACCGUAGGUGGCACUCUUGCGCCCGUGAAGGAGGAUUCGGCCUCGGGAUCUAGCACUACGUCGACGGCGGGUAGUAGUGCGACGGCUGCGACGACAGGGACGACAGCUAGUUCUUCUAGUGGUGCGGGGAUUAGCGGGGUGGGGUGGAUGACGUUUGCGGGUGCGGUGGGUGUUGCGGGGCUUUUGUGUGUGUAAGGGUUAUAGGGUGUUUGGAUUUGAACAAAAAGAGGAGCUGAGUAGUUGUUCGUAUUGAGGGACUAGAUGAGGUGUUUGUUGGUACGAAGCAUCUAGGAAUUUUGCGUUCAUUUAUGAUGUUUUUGGCCUCGCACUGAGUUGUUUCCUGAUUUUGAGUAUAGUUAAUUCAUAUAAAUCAUUUGGGAUGAAAAAUACAUUGAUUGUAA